CAGGCCCUGUUUCCAUCUUGGUGGUUGAGAAUUCUAAUCAACACAGUGGCAAAACGUUUUACAGAUGUAGCAUAUGCAACUAUGGCUCUCUGCGUUUUACAGGAAUUAAGGAACACAUACGUGUGCAUACAGGGGAGAAGCCGUUUGAAUGCAAAUUCUGUGGAAAAAAGUUCUCUUGGAAGACUAAUUUUAAUAGGCAUUCGAGGUAUUGUGACAGGUCGACAGAGGAUAUGUUUGUUUCAUCAUCAUCAGGUAAUAAGGAGGCUCCACUGAAAAAGAAAUUUAAAUGUAAGAUUUGUGACAAAGAAUUUUUGGAUGAGAAAACUUGUGAAUGGCAUUCAAGCUUUUGCAGUGAAAACUUGAAAACACAAGAAGUUCUUGAAACAUUUUUGAAUUCCGCAGAUUCAUGGCAGUGCAGUUUUUGUGGCAAAAAAUUUGAGAAUGAUCAAAUUUAUUUAAGCCAUUCGACAUCUUGUAAUAAAACUUUAAAAGUUCAGGUUGAUUCUGGUAGCAAAACUUCAGCUACAGAAAUUGAGCCAUUCAAAAUCGUACAUGUUCCAACAGAUUCAAACCGUAAUAUAUCAACAGCAGAAGCUGAAUUAUUCAGAUGUGAAUUCUGUGGUAGAGAGUUUCCAAAAAAGGGAAAUUGGAAGCGACAUGUAAAUUUUUGCAAUCAGACCUUUGAAGCUCAAAAAAUAGUUGAAGAAAUGUUGAAAUUAAAUAAAAAAAUAUUUGAAUGUCAAUUUUGCCACAAAAAAUAUGCAAAUGAAACAGAUUAUAUUAAUCAUUCAGCUUCUUGCAGCAGUAAUUCAGAAUCUCUAAUAGCUGUGGAGGAGUUGUUGAAAUUAGGACAAUCGUAAUAAUGUGUGCAAUAUGUGUUGCUAUUUGUAUUUUGGCAAACUAAUUUUUUUAAUAAUAAUUUAACAAUUGCAAAACUUAUGAAUUAAAAAAAUGAUGAUGCUUUUAUGAUUCUGCCUAUACAAGCAUGUAUUGUAGUCAUUGAAUACAAAUAAAAAUAAAACUAGAAAAAUGUUCUUUUGUUUUUUAAAUCAAAUUAAUAUUAGUUUAAUAUGAGUGCUGUAGUAUGUAUUUUGGAAGAUUGAUCAUUUACUAAGUACUCUUUAUAUAUAAAGUACUGUUGUUAUUCUUAAUAAAAUCUGAAAUUUAUAGUCCCUAAGUUUGUAAUGAAUUUAAUUCUCGAUAAAUGCAUAUCAAGUUAUUUUAAAUUUCUCUACCCCAGUAUAGAAUCAUUCAGAAAGAUAGAAAUGUUUGAUGUUGAUGUAAUUUUGAUGUUUUUCUUGUCUUAGUUUAUACCUGCUUAUUUGGUUAAUACAAGUGUUUAUAAUGUAAUUAAAUUUACUGAUACAGUAGACUCCCGAUUAUCCGCGGGCGGGUUAUCCGCGCCUGCCGCACAAAGUUUUUUUUUUUUUUUUUUUUUUACUGUUUUUUCCCCAAAAAGGUGCAGUUUUACAGUUAUGCUUUUGUAAUUACAUAAUACAUUACUGUAUUAAAACAGUAUAUAUGUAUUAAUUUUUCUGUGUAUCCUUGACGCUUCUCGUAAGUACAAAGUACUUUUCUGUUUUCAUUAACAAAAUGCAUUUUAGGUUAGUUUUGAGUGAUAUACUAAAAUAUUAAGCGGUAGUUAAACAUUUCCUGCAGUUUAUUUUACGUUUUAUUGUACAUAAAACGAUUUUUCAAAGUUGGAAUGACUGUUUUCUCUUUUGCUAUACCCGUUUUUAGCUUUUUUAGGAUUAUCCGCGAUUUUUGUUAUCCGCGGCGGCCGCGCCACCCAAUUCCGCGGAUAAUCGGGAGUGUACUGUAUAUAGUUUUAAAUGGUGUUCUUUUAAGAAGAGAUCUACUGAUUUUAGUUAAAAGAUGCUUUUCAUGCAAUAUUUUUGAAUUGUAAUUAUUAAUGUAAUAAUGUUUUGAAUAAUAAAUAGAAAGAGGAAACGGAUAGUUUUUAUUUCAGGAAUGUUUUU